AUGGAGGCAAAUAAUUAGAGUUGGAGUCCUGAAAAGUUCCAGGAUGGAGGGGAAACCCUGAAGAAAAAUGCACUCUUGAAUUAAUCUCCACUUAAAUUCGAUUAAUCACACUAAUCAACAACUAAUCAAACAUCUUCUCACUAUGAACAACAACAGCAACCCUCAGUAAAUGAUUAGCAAGAACAAUCACCCUAUCAAAAUGGCGAUUAAAAGUAAUCUCUAAGAGAUUUUCUAGAAGAUUAGUUAAGGGAAGAAAUAAUAAACAUCAGAGAAAUGAAUAAGAUCAAUGACUUUGGGUUUGGUUUUGACCCUAGUUUGACUGGGGAAAGAGCUUCUUUGGUCAUGAUGUUUACCAAAAAUAUUAAACUAUCUCAUGGUCCCGCCACUAGUGUAGUAAUUGAACCUCCUUCUUCUGAAAUAGAGAUUAAGGGUUCACCAAGUUUUAAUGAAGUAGUCGAAAGACUAUUUGAACCAUCUUUGCAUUUGAACUUUGUUACUGAAAUUAGUGAAGUUCCUAAAAAUUUAGUGCCAUUUCUCGUUAUCUCGAAUGUAGAGCAUUAUCUGCCAGCUAAAAAGCUUAAGGAAAAAAUAGACUAAUUUAACUAAAAAUCAAAUAUCAUAUAUGUCAAUGAAGAAAAGUGGGUUGGUGUUGUACUACGUAAUUUACCGCCUGAUAUCAGUCAUGAUAUUAUAGCAAGAAAUUUCAAAUCAACUGAGCAAUUUCAAAUAAUAAAAUCUGAACCCCCGAUGACUAUUCGAGGGCAAAGAUGUUCAUUACUUUAAUUGAAAGAUAUUGAACAUGCUGAGAAAUUCUGUCUAAAAUGGAAUAAUUUCUCAUUCAAUGACACUAAAAAACUCAAGACUCAUAUUCAUCCCUUAAGUAAUACCACUAGAUAUAACCCUGGAAGUUCUCAUUAAUAUAUUUUCGUCAGUCAAUCAAAAAAGUUAGGCUCAAAUGUGCUUUUUCAGCAAUCACCUCCAAAAAUGCCAACAUUUGGUACAGAAGUUGAUCCUGAAAGAAAAUUAAAAUCUUAAGCCCCACCAUAAAGCUAUGAAAAGCCUUAGCAAUAAUAAUAACAAUAAUAAUAAUUAUAAUAAUAAUAAAAGCCAAUUCAAGAAAAGAUAGUUUAAACUACGAUAAAUCAGCAGGUUGAUGAUUAAAUUAAGAUAGUUGCUCAGGAGUUGCCUAUUUCUGAUGUUAAAACUACUGAAUAGAAAGAAUAAUUGAAAUAGGAUUCAGAAUUAAUGAAAAUAAAGGAGAUCAUUAAGACUUCAGACAAUAAUAAUAGUAAUCAUCUUUAAAAUCUACUAUAAUAAUUUCAAUCUCAAUACAAUAAAGAUAGAGAUGCUUUGGUUUAGAGAGCCUCUUAAAAGCAUUUAGAAAAGAUAUAAAGCUUACAAGGCGACUUGAUGAAUUAAUAAAGUGGCAAUCUUGUGCCUAACGGCUAAUAAUUAGCAAUUAGCUAAUAGCAAUAAUAUUAAACAAAGGAAAUAUGUCUUUAGUAGCUUAGCUAAGAACAUGAAAAAUAAAAAUAAGCCACGAAAUUAGAAUCAGUAGUAGCUAAUAAUGCUUCUCAUGAAAAUAGAUCUAAUAUCACAACAAACAACAGUGCAAAUAUUGGUUUAAAUUUUGCUCCCGUAAAUGGGUUUGAAUAACUGAUUGCUAAUCUUUAACAAAAAGCUGCUUAGCCUGAUUAAUCAUUGCCUAAACCUAAAACUAAUGAAAGUAACUUUGACUUCCUAGAGGAGCUUAUAAACUAGAAUCGUAAAAGUAAUCCUAAAAAAACCUAAGUACCAAUUAAUUAGGUUUAAAUGAAUCAGCAUUAGGUUCUAAGCUAAAGUGAUUAAAAAUCGUCAUUUCUCUCAUCUACAUUGAUUAAAGCAACAUCUAAUAACGGAAGCUCCUAAGUAAAAUAAACAGUAGUUCUUUAAUCAAGGCAAAUUGAAAAUUUCUCUAUUGAUCCAUCAGAUAAAACAAACCAGCAAGUAUCAAACUCGGGCUCCAAGCCCUAGAUUAAAGAGUAAACUAAAAAUGAUAUGGCUUAAGAUACGAAAGAAUCCUCUUAAGAGGAAAAAUUGCUAGGUAAACGCAAAAAUCCUGACAACUCUAAUGAAACUUAGUCUAAAAACAAACAAAAUAAAGAUUCAUAGUUGUCAAGUAGCCAUAAACCAAGCAUGUAAUCUAAAUAUUAAAAGGGCAAAAGAGUAAUUGAAAGCAGUGAAGAUGAUGAGGAGAGUUACUCUAGUGACGGUGAUAGCUAAGAGGGUUCUGGCAGCAGUAGCUCUGAUGAUGAAUACAGUGCAAGUGAAAGUUCUCAAGAUAAAGCAAAGAGGAAGGUAAGUGGUGGCUCAAAUGGAUUAAAAUUUUAAUAAAAGAGGAAAAGAGCCUUAGAAUCUGAUGAAGAGGAUGUUUACAUACCUAAUAAACCUUACGCUAAUCUUGAUAUCAAAAGAAAUACUAGCUCAGGCAGCAAUAAUACUACGUAAAUGCCUAAGAAGCGAGGCAGACCAUCCAAGCAAGAUCUUAAAAUUCGAAGAAAAGCUGAAAGAGAGAGAAUUCGCAAAUCGUAAUAAAUGAAUCAUCAUUCUUCAGUGUCCGCUGAUAACAAUAGUUUUUCUCACAACUAACCUACGUCUAGAUAUAAUGGAAGCAAUACUGGAACGUCAAAAAUCUAAAUUCAAAAUAUGAGUAAUUUUGGAGACUCAUAAUCAGCAAGUAACGAAUAAGCUCCAAUCAAGAGAGGUCGUGGCAGACCUCCAAAGAGGUAGUAGUCCAUCACCAACUGA